AUGGUAUCUCACGUCUAUGCACCUCCACCAAUCAACCAGAUCAACCCCAAAUAUGUCGAGGCAGGUAUGGAACCCAAAUUCGUUGAGUUAUACAACAAGUACAAUGUGGGCAGGCUGGCUACUCACCAGGUUCCAAUAGAAGAAUAUAGAAAGGAUCCUAUGAAGUACACCAUCGCGUAUGGGAGAGAAAUAGUUGCCUUUGAUGGAAAAAUUGAAGAUCUCAAGGUCCCUGUGGAAGGGGGAGACAUUGUUGUCAGAUACUACAUUCCAAAAGAAGCUUUAGAGGAUCCCAAACCCAGGCCGGCAUUCUUUGCCUUCCAUGGUGGAGGAUGGGUUUUUGGAGGUCUCAGUAUUGACGACGAUUACUGCAAACGUGUUUGCAACGAAACAGGUGCAGUUGCGUUUAACGUGGACUACAGGUUAGCUCCGGAAUUUCCGUUUCCAACUCCACUGACUGAUUGCUGGGAAGCCCUCAAAUACGUCAUCAACCAUGCUGAGAGGUUCAAGGUCGACAAGUCCAGAGUAGCGGUAGGUGGAGGCUCUGCUGGAGGUCAUUUGUCAGCUGUCAUUUCGCACAAGGCGAGAGAUGCAGGAAUCAAAAUCUGCUACCAGAUUUUGGGAGUCCCAAUUUGUGAUGCCACAGCUGUUACUCCGGAUGGAAGUAAGGUGGCUCCAGGCUGUCCAUAUCCCAGCUGGACCGAAAACUACGACAACCCCUUGUUGUCGUUUGACAGAAUGUCUUGGUUUUACAAGCAAUUUCUGGGUUCUCCAAGACCUGCUAAGUAUGACAACGAUCCUGAGGUCAGUGUCAUCAAAUCUACCAACUUCAAAGACCUUGCCCCUGCCAUUGUCAUAACUGCCGAAUUUGACGUUUUGCGCGACGAAGGUGAACAAUACGGCAAACUGCUCCAAGACAAUGGAGUUCCGUGCGAAGUGGUCAGAGUGCCUGGAACGGUUCAUCCUUUCAUGACAAUGGACGAUGUCCUUGACAGUGGCAAAACAUACAAUAGGAUCACAAUCGCAGGUUUGAAAAAGGCGUUCGCUUGA